UUUCCAACUUUAAUUUGGUAGUCAGCACUGGCAGUGGGAAGCUAUACGCUGAGUUGAUGGGAAUGAAAACUCUAAUUAUAUUAUCCUUGGUGGUCAUUGGCCUGGCCAAAUACGUCAAUGGUGCAUUCGUUUACCCUGGGCCCAGUAAGGGCAGGAAUUCACACUCUUUUUCCUGGAAUGGAUUUGGUGGAAUAAGUGAAUUAGGUGACUCAUCGAACCCUGAAAGACCUAGAAGAGAGGCCGAUGUAGAGUUACCCAAGAAACAUAAACAGUUUUCGUUGGGCGAGGUCAAACUUAUAAAAAAUGGAAAUUUUCCAGCACCAUAUGGUAUCCAACAAAAAGCAAGGCGCGGCAAAUCUGAGAUUGACUCGACUGUAAAUAGCAAACCAUUGCAAAAUGAGCAAGAGAAGCCUUUAUUUACUAAAAAUAAUGUACCAGUGCUUGAGAAAGAUAAAGCAUCCUCCAGUGAAUCUUCAUCUAGUGGGCAAAGUGGCGAGUCUUCUGCAGCCAACAAUCCUUCAUCUAGUGAGGAAAAUGCUGAUCCAGCUGCUAAUCAAUUGGAAUCCAGCUCAAGUGAGGAGAAUAGUGCAUCAGGAGCCAAUCAGGAGUCUUCAUCUAGUGAAGAAAAUACUGCACCAGCUGCUAACCAAGAAGAAUCCAGUUCCAGUGAGGAAAGCAAUGCACCCGUAGCCAAUCAAGAGGGGUCUUCAUCUAGUGAAGAAAAUGCUGCACCAGCUGCUAACCAAGAAGAAUCCAGUUCCGGUGAUGACAGCAUUGCACCCGUAGCCAAUCAAGAGGGGUCUUUACCUAGUGAAGAAAAUGCUGCACCAGCUGCUAACCAGGGAGAAUCCAGUUCCAGUGAGGACAGCAAUGUACCCGCAGCCAAUCAAGAGGGGUCUUCAUCUAGUGAAGAAAAUGCUGCACCAGCUGCUAACCAGGGAGAAUCCAGUUCCAGUGAGGACAGCAAUGCACCCGCAGCCAAUCAAGAGGGGUCUUCACCUAGUGAAGAAAAUGCUGCACCAGAUGCUAAUCAAGGGGAACCUGGAGUAGAGGAAGAGAUAGCAGAAGUAGUAAAAAGGUUUAAAAAACAAGAUGCUGCUGCUAAUCUUGGCUUGUUGCAACCAUUUGUGAGUGCCAAACCCCUUAAUAAGCGCAGACCACUAGUUUUUAGUGUAAGAGAUGUUGAUCAUGUAGGACGAAAUUCACCAAGACAAGGCAAUGUUCCAGGCUCAAGGCGCCCAAGAGAAAUAGCAUACAGCUUUCCUAAGCUCUCAUACAAAGGUGUCGAGCAAGGACCACAAGGGCAGAUAGUGGGAGCAGGCACUCGGAAACGUGGAAGGGCAGUCAAAAAAUAAUGUGCUAUUCAUUGUGAUCUAAUGAACACAAUAUUUUAAGUGUAUCUAAAGUCGAAACGUUUUUAGAUUUGGAUAGUUAUGAUAGAGUGGUGUGAAGUUAGAACCUCUGUCAGUUUUUUUUUCCUACAGUCUGUGUCCCAUUAGAGAGAUGUACUCCCUCUUGUUGUCCUGCUGACAAUUGUUACCUGGACUGAAAAGGAAAACCCCAAAUUUUCGAUUUUCACCAGAACAAGAAUAGAGGGGGAAUCUUCCUAAGAAGACACAUCUGUAACAUCUAAGAAGUAAUCACCUUCACUUUUGUGAGAUUUCUGAUCACUUCCUGUUGUGUUUGGAAAACAGGAAGUGGCGAGAAAUCACCCCAGUAACACACAGAUGUAAAAAAAAAAAAAAAAAACUGAUGGUGGAGGGAGGGGUUAUCCUUUCAGUACUCUAUUUAAAAUGAAAAUAAAUGGCUUUAAGUACAAUAAAAAUGUGUGUAUAAAAUACAUUAAACUGAUUGCCUGGCUUUAACUGAUUCCACCCAAUUUUCUUUUAACAAUUCUUUGUUUUUUUUGUCCUCUAAGCUUCAUAUAGUCAUUAAACACAAUAAUGCUUCAGCAACCUAUGUUUUCUAAAAUCCUCCCAAUUAGCAUGCCCAAUAAAGCUUCAGCAAUAUAUUA